GACGGGACGGGACGGGCAGAGUUGGCGGGGAGCCCCCGCUCGCCGCCAGCCCCAUGCGCAGGGAGUGAAGCCGCGGCCGGGCCGGCGGGAUGGCGAGCGACGGCAGCGCGGGGCUGGCCAGGACUGCCGCGGAGAAGCUGUCGGACGCCGUGGGCGAGAAGACCAAGCAGCUGGGCGCGGCCAUGCAGGACGCGCGGCGGCAGCGGCGGCUGUUGCUGGUGAUCGUGUGCGUGGCGCUGUUCCUGGACAACAUGCUUUACAUGGUGAUCGUGCCCAUCGUCCCCGAAUACAUGAAACGCUGGCGCCAAACCGCCGCCCCGCCCAACGAGUCCGACAGCGGCGGAGGCAACGCCAGCCGGCAGGCGCUGUGGCUCAGCUACCCGACCGAGAACGAGGACAUCAAGGUGGGCGUGCUCUUCGCCUCCAAGGCCAUCCUGCAGCUGCUGGUCAACCCGCUCAGCGGCACCUUCAUCGACCGCGUGGGCUACGACCUGCCGCUGCUUAUCGGCCUCACUGUCAUGUUCCUCUCCACCGUCAUCUUCGCCUUCGCGGAGAACUACGCCACGCUCUUCGUGGCGCGCAGCCUGCAGGGCCUGGGCUCGGCCUUCGCAGACACGUCGGGCAUCGCCAUGAUCGCCGACAAGUACACGGAGGAGCCGGAGCGCAGCCGCGCGCUGGGUGUCGCCCUGGCCUUCAUCUCCUUCGGCAGCCUGGUGGCGCCACCCUUCGGCGGCAUCCUCUACCAGUUCGCGGGCCAGAGCGUGCCCUUCCUGGUGCUGGCCGGCGUGUCGCUGCUGGACGGGCUGCUGCUGCUCGCCGCCCUGCGGCCCCUGGGCGACCGCACCCGGGACAACAUGCUCGUGGGCACGCCCAUCCACCGCCUCAUGGCCGACCCCUACAUCGCCGUGGUGGCCGGCGCGCUCACCACCUGCAACAUCCCGCUCGCCUUCCUGGAGCCCACCAUCGCCACGUGGAUGAAGAGGAGCAUGCACGCGACGGAGUGGCAGAUGGGCCUCACGUGGCUGCCCGCCUUCUUCCCGCACGUGCUGGGCGUGUACGUGACGGUGCGGCUGGCGGCGCGGUACCCGCACCUCCAGUGGUUCUACGGCGCGCUGGGCCUGGCCAUCAUCGGCGCCAGCUCCUGCACGCUGCCGGCCUGCCGCACCUUCUGGCAGCUAGUCGUGCCGCUCUGCGGCAUCUGCUUCGGCAUCGCGCUGGUGGACACGGCGCUGCUGCCCACGCUGGCCUUCCUGGUGGACGUGCGCCACACCUCGGUCUACGGCAGCGUCUACGCCAUCGCGGACAUCUCCUACUCCGUGGCCUACGCGCUGGGGCCCAUCGUGGCCAGCCAGAUCGUGCACUCGCUGGGCUUCGUGCAGCUCAACCUGGGCAUGGGGCUGGCCAACGUGCUGUACGCACCCGUGCUGCUGCUGCUCCGCAACGUGUGCCAGAUGAAGCCGUCCCGCUCCGAGAGGGACGUGCUGCUGGACGAGGAGCCCAAGGGACUCUACGACACCAUCAAAAUGGAGCAGCGCGGAGGCAAGGGCAGCGGCGCGGACUCCUGCCACCGGGGCCUGCCAGCCGCGUCCGAGGACGACUCCUCGGACUACGAGUACAGCUAGGCUGCCCCGAGGGCAGGGCAGGGCCGGCAUUCAACCCGGCUCUUGCUGUAGCUACCACUCCCCCUGUGCCCGAUGUCCUCACUCCCUCCCUCCAGACCUGGUUGCACCCGCUGCCCCGCGGACUGGAGGGAGAGAGCCCAAGUACCCGGGAAGACCGAAGCGAGCUGCUCCGUCCGCAACACCUCUGCUGGGGGCUGAUCUGC